AAAGAGGAUAAGCCGCAGCCUUCACUGUCCAUCGUCUCCCUCUGUACUCCUUCCUCAGCCUCAUCCUAUCCAAGAACGCAGAACCGAGACCCACGAACUCGCAGCAGGCCAGCAGCCAUGGCCGCCCCCGCAACGAGCUCCCUGCUGAGCACGCUGCUGCAGCUACCGCUCGCUCCGUUCUCGGGGAAGAGCUCGCCGCCGUCCGUGGUGCACGUGGCGCGCCGGGCGCCGACGGCGGUGGUGGCGGCCAAGGGGUUCAAUGUGCAGAUCCUGGUGGACGAGAACGAGGGGGAGGAGUCCAUCUUUCGCAGGUUCCGGCGGGAGGUGAUGCGCGCCGGCGUGCUGCAGGAGAUCAAGCGCCGCCGGAGGUACGAGAGCAAGACAGACGAGAAGAAGCGCAAGGCGCGCGAGGCCGGACGCCGCAACCGUCGCAGGCGUAUGAUGGACGAGCCGAGGUUCCCAGAAGAAGACGCCGACGCGACCUCCAAGGCUCGGGACGAGGACAACGACAACUGGGAGGUCGACGGCAUCCUGUGAAACAAAAGGAACGCAUGCAGUCCACAGUUCAAUUUCACAGCGUCCAGAUGAUGCACAGCACAGACCCGUCAAAUUCGAGUUCUUUUUGAGGCCCCCCCGUAAGACGCAAUCCAAACCGUAUAUUUGCGUUUUGGCCGCGUUCGUUUCCACUUCAGUGUCCAAUGGUUACAGCUGCAAUUGCACAACUAACGUUCGCAAAUGUAGCGUCCUCCGAUCCCUUCUCGUUCCCUGAGCUCUUCUUGUGUCCAUGGUGUUUGAAACCCUACUCUUGUGUCUGUUCCAACAUCUAUCCUUUGUGUAGCUUGCGCUCAUGAAAGUUCAGAAACUGAUGAAGAUA